AUGAGCGCUGUAUCUGAGAAUGCCCCAUCCAACAGUACCCUACGCGCGCCAAAAUGCGCCCGCUGCCGGAAUCAUGGAGUGGUGUCUUCGCUGAAAGGUCACAAACAUUAUUGUAAAUGGAGGGACUGUGUUUGCCCCAAGUGCCUGUUAAUAGCAGAGAGACAGAGAAUUACCGCCGCUAGGGUGGCCCUUCUGCGCCAUCAAACCAGAAUGGAACCGUUCGAGUCUAAAGGCUGUGGACCAUGCGUUGAAUUUACGCAUGGAGGCGCGGAUCACGAAGUAGUAUUCCCUUCGUUCACGCCGAGAGUGAACUCGGUUUUCUCCGCCAGUCCUCCAUCCGAACCAACACGACCAGCUUCUUGCCCUGUAACUGAAGGUAAUAAAAAGAUAGUUAUGAUGCUUCUUUUUUGUAUAGUAUGUCAAUACAAAGUUAGCCAUUUAAAAAAUGGUACGUGAUUUGAAAAAAUUAGUAUGUGAUUUCCAGGUGUCAUCAGGCGUGAAACAAACUCUAAAACGGAAGACGAUUUGAAAGAACAAAAGAUCAGCUGCGGUUGAAAUCAACUAAAAAAAAAAAAUUUUUUGUCUCGGUGAAAGUGUUGUGUAAUCUUAACAGUGAGUUGUCUAUAAAACCAUUUCUAUCGAUCUUUUUGUUUCGCGUUGACGGUAAUUCUAAGCCCAACUUUUCUAAGUGUACAGCACUAAAACAAAUUUUAAAUUACAUCAUCAUUGAAAGAGGAGAAAGGAACAUACCAAGAAGAUAAAAAACAUUCGAAUUAGUUUUUUCUUGUCAGAGGUGUCUCAUAAGAUUUAAUUUAAUGCACAUGUCAAUUGCGUAGAGUUUAAGUGCUAUAUUUAAGUAGAGAGAAAAAAACGAAUUUUGUAAUUGAAGGAAAUGGACUGUAGUAAAGAAACAGUAAUACAUGUGGUUAUUCUCUUUGGGAAAUUUGUUAUAAAUAGGUAAUUUCUAUUCAUUCUCGAAUAGUUCAUUUGAUCGUAUGUUUCCGAAAGUAUUUAUCAUUUAGUUUAAUGAACUGCACAAACUGCACAAACAAUCAAACCACCUGUUGCCCACUUGAGCGAGUACAAAAAUAUCUAGACUUUUUAUCAAAAUUAAUUACUUCUCUGAUAAAUUGUAUAACUGCUUGCUCGUAUGUUGAAUUUGAACGCUACUUUUUCCUAAAGGGAGGUUGGUACCUAUUAGAAAUUAUUCAGUGGUACCGGUAUGGUUCGAUAAUUUGUGCUAAACGAUUCGUUCUAAUUCUUGUGCUGACAGCGCUUUUAAAUUGAUUUUGUCUGACGUAAAGAGGAAAUGUCCGCCUAUUAUUUCCACUCACUUUUACUGAAGGAGAGAGAUGUGAAAAGACAACAGAAAGUUCUACUGACAUACAUUUUUCGGUUUGUCUGUUUAACGAGUUUGUCUUCAAUUGAAAUGUUUGGCAGACGGUGCAAAUAAUUCAGUUACUUUGAUUGAAAGUGAAAAGGUUAGGGUUUUGUUAAUCAAAUUGUGAAUCCUAACUUCUCUUCCAUGAUUCAUCUUACAGAGAAAAACUCACAACAGCCAGUGUUCAUUAAAGAAGAAAAAAUUGAUCCGGAGUAUUCCAGCAAUGACACUCUUCCCGCAGACGACCGAGGUGAUGAACCUCCUCCCAAAAGAUUGGCAAGAAGCGCCUCACCGCAGCUUACAAACGGGAAUGUUUCUCGCUCCCCGUCACCUCGCUUUCACGUGCAUGAAAGCUGUCGACCACAAGCAGAUCAUGUGAUCAGGGAGAACGAUAACUCUUCGUUUCAGUUGCCAUGGAGCUCUACUUUCCGAGACCAAGAUGAUUUCGACUACACCGUGAAGCUUCUUCAAAAGAGUCUUGGUGAAUCUGCCUUCAAAAGACGGAAACCUCCCCAUCCUGUCGAAGUUCUCAGCAAAAUAUUUCCUUCACACAAAGAAAACGUAUUGGAACUCGUUCUGAAAGGCUGCAGUGGUGAUUUGGUACAAGCGAUCGAAUGUAUUCUAGCUGGCAAGAGUCAUUCCAUCGACUUUACGGAGCCAGCCUCGUCCUGCCUUCCCUCUGCCCCUUUGCCUUCUAGUUUUUCCAACAUUCCGUUCACGGGAGUUAAACAAACUCUGCUUCCAGGCGUGCCUCUCUCUUUACCUCUUACGUCAUUCAACGGUGCUACCAAGACUACGGCGCACCCACUGACCUCAAUGGGAGCGCAGGCUCAUGGUGGACUGAGGUUACCUCCCAUGAUACGAAGCCGUUCGUUACAAACUCAAAGAAACGAGCAUGAAGAAAGAGAACUGAAUGGAUAUCAUGCGCACAACGGCCUCAUUGGGCCAGCAUUUUUGCCGCCUUAUCGAGGUUCGCCUCCGCUUUCUAGAGAGAACAACUUUUUGGAGAACGAAAUCUCGGUUUGUUUUCGUUGUGGUACAAAAUCUCGAUCAGGUGACCGAUUUUGUGGGAAAUGUGGGGCGGACCUUAAAUGUUAA